AUGGCCAUGGUUGACCAUCAGUGUCAAUGGUUCGACAGGGAGUUGUGGGAUGGUGUCAAACGUUUGACAUUUGUCACAUUUCUAGGUGAAGGCUUGUGCAUCGGUGUGGAUAGAGGGACAGAAAUAUCAUUGCUGGAUAAUCUUGUAGGAUCCAUCCACGUUGGGUUUUGCUCAAUAGUGCAAAUGACUAGCGCUUGGGUGCUGGGUGUCUUUAGGAGUUUCACGUGGAUAUUACUGAACCAACUUUGCAAAGGCAUCAACAUAGCUAUUUUCAGAGCGUGGGAUCUGGCUGAUGCGAUAAGCACUGAAAGUUUUCAGCAGCUGAUGGGUAUAGUGAAGUAUGGAUUACCAAUGCCGAUUUCUUUGUUAAGGGCAGAUAAUAACCUUCCUCCUUGGCGUCCUGGAUUGAAAGAGUUGCCUAGUAAUAGUAAUGAAGUAUGCUCUUCUUCUGCAUCCGCGUCCGCUUCCGCAUCAUCACCAUCACCUACUAUACCAAUAACCCAACAUCAAGCCCAAACACCUCCUCAACAUAGUGGUCUUCCACCAUUACCUCCUUUAGAGACUAGAAAAUCAUCAAGAGAAAAAUCGGAGGUGUGGGAUCACUUCGAAAAAUAUGAUGAUGUGGUUGAGACCGUGAAGAAGGAUGGUAGCAAAUCUUUGACAUGUAAAAAGAGAGCUAGGUGCAAGUAUUGCUUUACUAGUUAUGUCGCGGACCCCAAUUUGAAUGGGACGUCAAGUUUGAAGAAGCAUAUUGAGUCUACAUGUAAGAAAUAUCUUGGGAGUGUUGGAAAGGAUAAAAGGCAAAAGACUUUGUCGUUUGACCAAGCACUUGGUGGUCUAUCAACAACCGGGCAUACUAAAGAAGAUUGGUUAAGGUCUUGUGUAGAAAUGGUAGUGAUGGAUGAGUUGCCUUUUAGUGUGGUUGAAGGUAAAGGGUUUAAGAGAUUUUGUGAAUCAUUGAACCCUCAUUUCCAAGUGCCAUCUCGUAGGACACUUGUAAGGCAUUUUAUGGUUAUGUAUGAAGAGAUGAAACAAAAGUUGAAAGGAGAAUUAGCAUCACAUAGAGUGUGUCUCACAACGGACACUUGGACAAGUGUUCAAAACGUAAAUUACAUGGUGAUCACAGCACACUUUAUAGACGGUGAAUGGAAUUUGCACAAAAGAAUUUUGAACUUUUGUGUCAUUGCUAACCACAAGGGGAACUCAAUUGGUAAACUCCUCGAGACUUGUUUGCUUCAUUGGGAUUUGAAGAAGAUACUCACAAUCACGGCCGAUAAUGCUUCUUCAAACACGAAGGCAAUAGAUUACUUGAAGUCAAAGAUGGGUCAUUGGAAGAAUGGUAGUCUUGUAUUGGAAGGAAAGUAUAUGCAUGUGAGGUGUUGUGCUCACAUUGUCAAUUUGAUUGUUCGAGAUGGCUUGAAAAAACUAGAGAAAAGCAUAUUGGCAAUAAGGAAUGCGGUUAGGUAUGUAAGAUCCUCUCCACAAAGGUUAGAGGAAUUUAAAACAUGUGUUUUGAAGGAGCAAAUUGAAUGCAAAGGGCUUGUGGUGUUAGAUGUUCCAACUAGGUGGAAUUCAACAUAUUUGAUGUUGGAUGCCGCUUUGAAGUUUGAAAAAGCCUUUGUAAGAAUGGGAGAAGAUGAUGAUGCCCCAUUUGCGUCUUGGUUUGGUGAAGAUGAACCGGUUGGGGAAGAUGAGGGUGUGGUUGUAUCUCAUAGGCCUAAAAAGAGGGUAGGGCCACCAACUAAGGAAGAUUGGAGCAAUGCUCUUACCUUUGUCAAUUUUUUAAAGGUAUUUUAUGAUAUGACAUUGAAGAUGAGUGUUUCUUUGCAUCCGGCUUCUCACACCACCUUUCAUAAUUUGAUUGCAAUUGAGGGUGAAAUUGGUGAUUUGUUCUUUGGAGAGCAAUUACCAAGUGAAACUCACACCUCCACGGUUUUGAAAGAUAUGGCAUGUAGCAUGAAGGUGAAAUUUGAAAAGUAUUGGGGUGACCUUGAUAAAGUGAACCAACUUUUGAUGGUAGCACUUGUUCUUGAUCCUCGGUACAAGUUGGGGAAUUUGGAGUUUGUAUUAAAGAGGAGGUUUGAAAACCCGCAAGAUGCUACUAAGAAGAAAAAUGAAGUGAAAGAGCUUUUAAUGAAGCUUUAUGAGGAGUAUGCUAUCCCACCACCUCCUACUCAAUGCACUAGUGCUAAUGGUAAUACUAGUUCUACUAGUAGUAUUACUUUAACAAGUUCUAACAAAAAAGGAGGAGGAAAGCACCUUUGGGAAAUGGAAGAAGGUUGGAUAAAAGAAUCUCAAGCAAGUAACACCAUGAUAUUGGAGCAUGAAGUUGAUAGUGGUGGAAAUUGA